UUCCAUCAAGAGAAUGAAUAAAAUUUAGAGGCGCCACGGAUGUGACUCCCCCGCAAAACUUUCUCCUCUAAUAAAUAUAGAGACACACUUAGUUUAUUCAGUUUUUCAUUCGGUUAGCUUCUUUCAUAUUGCACCUGUUGAUGGUAACUGGUUGUUUUUUAAAACUUGUCCUCCAUCAGAAGAAUGCUUCUUUUCCUACCGACAGUCUUUUUCUUUUUUGUCAAAGUGGAAUCGUCUAUUUCUAAUUAUGAACCUUUUAAUCUAGCGAAUCCACUUUCUCAUACAGAAAAUAAGAUCACACCGAUCGAAACUUCAAACAGAAAAUCGUUACAGAGCAAUCGAGUGAUUGAAUGUGACAUGAAAGAUAUCUUUAAUAUAAUAGGCUUGAGUGAAAUACAGGAACUGAUUGAAUUUCUUGCAGCGAGGAAAGGAACCACUUCUUUCUCAAUAGUAAGAAUGCUUCAAAAAAGAAUGAAAAUUAAAGAGGAAAUGGAAGAGAAUAUGUUUAAUACGAUUGAGAGAGUACCUAUGCCAGAAAUGAUAAGCGCAGAUCCACCUCUACGUCCAAAUGAUGCAAUUUACUCCUUACCUUCUCAAACAACAAAUAUUCAUGAAGAUGACGUUGUCAUCAUUCCAGUUGCUCAAAAUACUUUACCCAACAGAUUAUUAAAAGCAGAUUUCUUAGCAAGAAAUCAGGAGCCUAGAAUUCCGCCUGUGGUCCCGUUUCCUAUACCACCAGUAAAGAAUAAUCAAGUACGAUCAUUAUUUGCAGCAACUGUUCGUGUAAAUACCAAUGAUUCAUUAAAUUCUCUUACACGAGAUAUAAUAAUUACCGUAUCUCCUCUGAUGACUCUUAUUGAAGCAUUAAGACAGGCUGAAAUAAAGUACCAGAACAUUCUUGGUUUGAAUCAUGAAACAGAUGUGUUUACUUUCUCUCAUUCAUCAAUUAUGAAUUGCUACAUGGUCAACCAAAUUAGCGGUAUGGUUAAUAAUGAAGAACAUGCUUGGCAAGUGACUAUAACAGAUCGAGAGAGUCAGGUGAUCUACAGUAAUUUUUGUCUUCCAAGUGGCCGAGAUGCUUUUGUGAAACCAGGAACUUUGAUAUCUUUAUCAUAUGUUCCCCUUUAAUCUUCAUCAAUUAUUUAUUUCAUCGAGUUUUUAUUUAUUUAAAAAAAACUUUGUCGACACAAAGCACUUAUUGUGACUUGCUCAUCAAAACUGAACCUUUAGACUAAAAUGACCAAUUAUUCAUCUCUUUUCAACAUUCAUUGGAUUUAACUAUUUUAAUUUUUUUUUGUAUUGUUGAUUUUGGAUGUAAAUAUUAUUAAAGAUCACUAAAAGUUAAA